UACUCCAAAUGAUAAAACUUGUUUCUCUCAUAAUCUCAUCAUUGGUCCAACAUAGCCCAGCCUAAAAUUUAAGUAGCAGAAGCUAGCACUAGCUAGUUAGGUUUAAUUUCUGUCUUGUAAUUGAGACAAUUAAUGAAAUAACCGCACAAUUGAUUCAUGAUGAAGAAGAGAGUAGCAAGCACCAGCAAUGAGUCCUCUAAACUUGAUCGCAAAACCAUUGAAAGGAACCGCAGAACUCACAUGAAAUCCCUCUGCCAUCAGCUUUCUUCUCUUAUUCCUCCCAAUCUCAAACCAGCCAAACCCAAGUUGAUGCUAGGGCUGCAGGACCAGCUGGAUCUUGCAGCAAGGUAUAUAAGACAAAUGACAGAGAGAGUAGAGAAACUGAAGAGGCAGAAGGAGCAAGCCAUGUCAAACCAAAGCAAUGAUGGUAGAAAAAUGUUCAACAAUAAUGUUGAGUCCAAAUUGCCAAUACUUGAGCUAAGGGACUUGGGUUCCGGCAUCGAAGUGAUAUUGGUGACUGGGUUGAACAAGACAUUCAUGUUGUACGAAGUUAUUAGUGUGCUCGAGGAAGAAGGUGCUGAAGUUGUCACUGCAAGCUUCUCAACUGUUGGGGACAAGAUAUUUUACGUUGUUCAUGCUCAGGCUAAAAUAUCAAGAGUGGGAGUAGAGACCACGAGGGUGUAUAAUAGACUUCAAGAGUUUAUUGUCCCACCAGAAAUCUGGCCGGAAGAUGUGUGAAGGCUUGAGAGUUAUCCCUGUCUUUUCUAUCACUGGCUAGCUAGCUGUAUAUGUAUUGUUGCCUGGCCACAUGCAAAUUGAUAGUUUGAGAGCUAUAUCUUAGCUGUGUACCAAAAUAAUAACAAUAAUAUAUAUUAGUUUUUUCUUAAAAA